AAAAAACUAUAGUGGUGCGUUGGUAAGGUGCACCACACAUCAAGGCCCAUGCUCCAAAUUCAGGCCCUCUACUGCAUGUCACCCCCCACCCCCGCGUUUCCUGUCUCUCUCUACUAACACUUUCACAAUAAAAGGCAGAAAUGCCACAAAUAUCUAUGGAAGCCAUGAGCGGCAAGUGUUUAAAAAAAAAAAAAAAAAGUUUGUUUUUGUAAUACUAAUUUUGGCCACAAUAGGCUGAAGUACACAACUGCCCCAGUCGAAAUGGGACUAAAAGCAUUUUUCUUUUUCUCCAGGUGUCUUUUAAAUUCUCAUUGUGCUCUAAAUACAUUGUACAUAUCCUGUGAUAGCAAGUUGUAUAGCAUUACUGUCCUGUUUUUCUUUUAGCUAAUGUAUUCUAAUCAACAGUUUUGCCCAAGAGGCUUUAGGAUAGUAUAAAGAACUACAAAGCCCAUGUUUUGACAUUUGUGCAGCAAAACUUUUUUUCUUCUAUGUCCCUCCAAUUAAUCACCUCCUGACAUUACACUGAUACUUUAAGUACAUUUAUCAGAUAAUACUUUUAUUAGCAGUUGCAAUUAAUAGUACUUUCCCUCAAGUAGGAUUUUAAGUCGAGGACUUUUACUUGUGAUAUAUUUUUACGUAACUGCAUAAAUACUUUUAUUUACAAAAAGGAUCUGAAUACUUUUUACCAGACCAGAUACCACUACAGGCGUUAAAUUGGGUGAACUAACCCUUCAGAUCGGCCUUCAGAUUCUGCUGAAAAAUUGUGUAAGGAAACAAUUACGAUCUGUAGGAAAUCUAAGAAAACUAGUCAAAUAUGACUGAAAAUAUAUAGUGACUGCAGAUCAGGAAAUUUGUAACCGCCGCUAUCAAAAAGAUCUACUCCUCCAUCCUGUUGUUGACACAAGUUCACUUAACUGAGAACAUUUCUGUCUUUCUCUUCAUUCUUCGUCAUAUCUGACAGUUUGCAUGGAAAGUGAUGAGGCUUUGAUGCAGAAACAUUAGUCACAGUGCGGAUGGGUCCUGUGUGUGAGAGCUGAAGGUGUAAACAGGACAGAAGCAGAUUGGUAGAGAUCAGUAGGCGGGGGAGACAGGAAGACAGGAAGAUGUAACCAGGUAAGGAAACAGUGACACAGAGGAUGGGCAGAGUGUAUGAGAAGACAGAGAGAGAGAGAGAGCGAGAGAGAGAGAGUCACAAUUUAAGGAAGUUAACAAAACAACAGGAGGAGAACAAAAGACGCAUCACAUUGAAGAAUGGGGCUUGUGCAAUACCUCGUGAUUGUCUGGAUGUUGUAUGCACAGGUGGUGCUCACCUCUCCGCUGGCUUUGAGGGAUACUUUAGUCACCGACAGAAAGUGUAAAAUGUGCUCUGCAGGUGAGUUUCAGAAGUCUUGUACCGAGUGUGAGCCCUGUCCUGCUGGCAGCUUCACAAAUGACAGGAACAGUGAAGACAGCUGCCAUCGCUGCUUCGGAGACUGCAGAUCAGAUUAUCAUCUUAAAGUGGUUGAGAACUGCACCAGCACAUCUGAUUUAAAAUGCGUCUGUGAGGCUGGUUUCAAGUGCAAUGACAAGGUCCGAUACUCAACUGUAGGCAACUGUAGAUCCUGUGUCAAGAUCCCGGAAACACCCCGAACUGUGGCAACAGCUCCGACCCCAGGAAAUGAUAAGCAGACGCCUUCCUCAGUUUCCUCUGGACAUACCAUCACUUCUGCCAAACCCUGCCAAUUUUCUGAAUGCCAGCAGUCAGUCCCACCGACACCCAGUGCAGAUGCCAUGAGCAGUCAGCUGGCAGCCAUUUUGGGUCCGCUGGCUAUUAUGGGAUGUCUUGCCCUUGUGAUCCUGUUCUGCGUCUGUCACCAAGGAGAUGAAACAUGUUUCAAGCAAGCUAUUGCAAAGAUUUGUAAUGAGGGAAAGCAAGAUGCUUCUCACAAGUCAAAGGAGUCAAGUCAUCAGUUCCCCAGAGACUCAUUCUGUGCAAAGCAGCAGCCACCUUCUCUCUCAGCAGCCAAUCUGGGUUCAGUCCAUGUCCACAAUCCAGGGACGGUCAUCUUCAGCUUGCUCAGCCAGUUUACAGGGCAAGUUGGUGCGACAAUUGAAGGUGGGAAGGCAGCGGAGACAGUGGGAAGUGAAGAAGAAGACGAAAGAGACUGUCCUGUGUGUCAUCCCACCUCCUCUCCCAGUAUUCAUCUCUCCGAGGAGGAGAGGAGUGGAGAGAUUGACAGCAUUUUCUUCCCCUCCCAAGAGCAGGGGAAGGACUGCCACAUGUCCAAAGAGGAGGAGCUAUGAUACAUAGCAAAAUUCCCAGGGGAUUUGUGUUGGUGGUUAUGACUAUGACCCUAAACACAUCCUUUUAAAGGAAGGAAUCAUAAAACUGUCAAACUACAAAUGAACGCGGAGCACAUUUCAUCUUCUGCUGGCAAACUGUGAAGGAUUGCAGUGCUCUAUGGUAACUUUAUUUCCUGCAGGUUCUGGGAAAACUUGUGGUUGGUAAGCACCAGAAACUUUACUUCGUGAUGAACAGCUAGAAGGUGAUUUAUAUUCUAAGUUUUAAUUUAAUAAAUCCUGUAAAUACUCUUUGAUAAGCUCUGUCAUCUCUCUAAAGUAUUAGACCUGAAUGUUUAAUGUUUUGAAUAAAUAUUAGGCUUUUUAUUUACAAUAAAAAUUUAUUUUGAAAAAAGAAAACUAAGUACAAAUGUAUGUAAAUUAUUACAAAACAUUCAUGUAUAUGGAUAUGUAUACUCUAAAUAACUGCAGAAAAAAUUGAAUUUAUAUAUACAUUAUAUAUACAUACAAAUGUAAAGAUGUGAAAUAUCUUUAACCUUUGUGUACCAUAGUACAUACCAUCUUUUAGCAACACAGUGCACAAUUUCUUACUCCUGCAAGUCGCAGUGUCCCACUCAGUAUUUUCACUUUCUUCCACAUUCUUUUUCUCCAUGUUUUUAUACACUUUUUAUCAUCAAUUUAUCAUAUCAACGUCACAGAUGUCAAACAGUCAUGUUUCCUCUCAAGAAACCGUAUUAGUUGAAACUUGAAACAUAAAGUACGUCCUCUGUGGUCCCAUUCGACAGCACGGACUGGCGUGAUGUUUGGCCCCAUUAGUUAUACACAUCCAAAGCAAAUAAAGAUAUUUUGCGUCGA